CAGUAAGCUCUCGCAAUAGCACGUAUCGUAGCUGUUGUAUAUGCAAUUGUAAUUAUGAAUUCGUUAUUUACUGGAUAUUCGUUACAAAUGUAACUACCGUGUGUAGUAUCGGUUAUACACUGAUGACAGGAUUGCUUAGCUGGUGUUCACAAUAUCGUAUAACAAUAAACAACAAACAAUAGAAAAUGGAGAAUGUAAAAGAUAUAUUGGUGUGUGCAUCAGAGUUUAUAAAAGAUCGAUUAUAUUUUGCAACAUUAAGGACGACGACAAAGCCAAAGAGCACUUUGAGUACUCAUUAUUUCAGUAUAGACGAUGAAUUGACCUAUCAAAAUUUUUAUGAUGAUUUUGGUCCACUAAACCUUGCUAUGUUAUAUCAUUAUUGUCAAAAAGUUAAUAAAAAAUUGAAAACGUUAACCUUAAGAAAAAGGAGAAUUGUGCAUUAUACAUCUGUGAAUCCAGCAAAGAGAGUUAACGCUGCAUUUCUUAUAGGGAGUUAUGCUAUAUUAUACUGUAAAUAUACGGCAGAAGAAGCCUACAAUUGUUUAACCAGUAGUCCCGAUAGUCCACCAUUUAUUAUGUUUAGAGAUGCUUCUAUCUGUUCACCAUGGUAUGAAAUAUCUUUAAGUGAAUGCCUUAGCGCCAUAUAUAAGUGCCACAGACUUGGAUUUUUUAAUUUUCAAGACUUUUGCGUUAAAGAAUAUGAAUAUUUUGAAAAAGUGGAGAACGGGGAUUUGAAUUGGAUUGUCCCUGGCAAAUUCCUAGCAUUUUGUGGUCCUUAUGCCAAAUAUAAAGUUGAAAAUGGGUAUCCAUUUCAUGCACCAGAAUCAUAUUUUACGUAUUUUCGUUACAAUAACGUAUCUACAAUUGUACGCCUGAAUAAGAAGAUGUAUGAUGCGUCAACGUUCACAGAUGCCGGAUUCGAUCAUAAACACCUGUUUUUUGUCGAUGGUUCAACACCUACAGACUCGAUCAUGCAACAGUUUCUUAAGAUAGCAGAAAAUGCAAAGGGAGCAAUUGCUGUACAUUGUAGAGCAGGUCUUGGUAGGACAGGCUCACUAAUAGGCUGUUAUAUCAUGAAACAUUAUCAUCUGACAGCUCAUGAAACAAUCGCGUGGAUACGAAUAUGUAGGCCAGGUUCGGUGAUUGGACAUCAACAGGAGUGGUUGGAAAAGAAAGAAGCGUAUCUUCAUUCCUUACUAAAAGAGCCAUUGCAAUCCAAAGAUGGAAAUCUUGUACAUGAAUAUGGAAUAUAUUCUAUAAUUGGUAGAUCUAAACCACCUUUCUUGUCCAGUUUGAAAAAUUCUCCAACGGAACAAGACAAUGUUUUGGGAACAGUGCAUCGGGUGGAUGGAAUUACAUUGGAUGACCAUGCUCCUGCUGCGGGCACUAGUAUGACGAAACAUACAACUUUAUCUCAAGGUGAUAGAUUGAAUCAAAUCAAAGCUCAAAGAAAACGUUUACCAACAAAUCAUGCCUCUUCAAAUGCAACUACUGGACCAUCAACAACAGUUGUACAUCGUUACUUAGGACCAUUAUUAGCAACAAAGGGUCAGAAGAACACAGUCAAUACUUUAGCUGCAAACAAAGAAAAAGAUCCUACGAUGCGGAGGAAAAUUCUUCUACCUAGAUCUACUACAACAACUAUUGCUAAAAGAAACAGCUGGCUGGUCAGCAAUGUUAAGUCUACUAAACCAACAGCGCAAAUCCAUAAUAUCAACAACAACAAUACAUCUACUAGUAAUCCUGUUACUUCAAUGUCUGUAUCGAAACCAGUGACAAGGGCGAGUAUAAGAACCUCUUGCAUCGCGAAAACCCAUACCACAAAUUCGUCUGCAAAUAAAUCGGUACCCCAACCACAACGAGGCAUGAACAUGAUUCUCAGGUCUGCAGAUCGAGUAAAUCGCUAUCAUACUCUAAGACAUGUCCGUACGACCAAAAGUUAUAAACCUGCACUUAUCAGAUGACUAACCGAUAUUCUCAAUGGCAUUGGAGCAUCUCGGCGGAAGAUAAAAACUUCUUAUUGAUCUCCAAUAUCCAACUCGAACAAUUAUUGCUUUUAUUACUAUCAACGAAGAUCAAGUAGAUCUACCAGCUGUUACUGCAGCUUAUUCAAGGUAGUUAUUUUACGUUUUACCAUUUGUAACGUUGGGUUAUAAGUUUCUGAUAAAACCUAUUUGUUCCAUAAGUCGAUUCUAAACCAGUGCUUCCACAUCUUGCGACACGUUUAAUGCUCGCAGAAGAAAAUAAUGUGAUUUGUUAGUCCACUACAUUAUCUUUCUGCUGGCUAGAGGAAUAGCAUUAAACAUGAUUAAGAGUCAAUCUCCAAUCUGAACAAAUUUAUUAUUUCUUGAUCUUUUUCAUUAAAAAAAUGCUUGUGUUGUAUUAUAUUAUACUAUUUCCACAGUAAUAAUUGGUUGAUGUAAAAAUCACUUAGAUUUUUUCACUCAAUUAAAUUGUACUAUACUAUGAAACACGCAAAUUUUGUUACAUGAGAUCAUCAACAUUGAUUUUUUUUCAUUUUUUUCAUGUGGAAUCAUUAUUAAAUUAUUACUUUUAUCACGUUAAACAGAGAAAAUAAUAGAGCAGAUAGAAGCUUAAAACCCAAUAUGCAUUCUUACUUACAAUUAUGUGAUUAACAAUAUUUUUUGUCUUCAUAUAAGAGGGAUAACAGCUAUUAACGAACACAUAAUUCUUGGUCAUAUAUCUGCUAUAUCAAUAUAGAACUAUAAGAAGAAUUAUGUACUAUAUACAUUUUUAAAUUUUGAAAUGGAGUAUUAAUUCCUAAUUAUAAACUUUAUAUAAGCACAAUUUUAUAGAGACUUGUUCUUGUGCUAAUCAUAUUAAGUAUAGAUAUAUUCUUCUUCAAUGAGAAAUUGCAGUCGCGUUGCAAUAUUGAUUAACUAACAAAUAGUACUUGUGUGAGUACUACGUAAGAAAAUUAUGUAAUUGUACAAUCCUGCUCUCAUUUGUAGUAAUUUCAACUGUGUCUUCAGAUUAUUUUAUCUCUCAUCACAGAAUAUCCGAAUACUGUUUACUAUAAUUUUCAUCUAUUACCUUAUAGUAUUUUUGCUGAACACAUAUCAACAAAUGUUAUUAGACAGAGAUGAUUUUUUAUAAAUGUUUGUCACCGCGUUUUAUCGCAAAAAGAAGAAUUCAUUCUUAAUAAGUAAAAA